AUGAGUACCUCCGCUGUACGUACUUUGACCCAAUACACCUUUUUGCCAGACUCGUCACUCAUUCAUCUUGGCCCUGUUAAAUGCAGCGGCUUCCUGACAGGUCAAACCCAGCGCUGUACCUCUAGACUUCCACUCAUCAAACUUGCGGCAGUUGUUUCGGCAGCUCGAAUCUGGCCAGCUGGACACUUGGCAACGGCGAAGUCGACGAUGACGGCCGGGUCAGAGAAGAGAGGGAUCAACUUGUCUGUGACUGUAUCGAAUUGGGCUGGUGAGAGUCAGGCAUCGGAUCCUGUAUUCACGAGAUUCCCACCGGUCGACCACACCUUCAUGCGUCCUCCACGAGCCGGCCAGCCAAUUUGUAAGCCUGCAUUCUAG